UCAUUAAUGACAACAACGUCGAAAGUGUCAAACUAACAAAAUGCACAAUAUUGACACAGAUAACAGUAGAAAAUAUUCAUUGAAUUAAAACUAAAAGUCGAAUACUAACCAUUUCCAAAUAAUUCAGAAAUGAUUGAUAAAGGAUCUCAUUCAAAUAAUCCAUUAGAACAAUUUGUUUUAUUGGCAAAAUCUGCCAAAGGGGCAGCUUGUAAUGAACUGAUUAAACAAGUUCUGGAAUCUCCUGGAGUUUAUGUAUUUGGAGAAUUGUUAGAUAUGCCGAACAUAACUGAACUUAAGAAUGGUCCCGAAGUGAAAGUAUACAACACACUCAAUUUGUUUGCUUAUGGCACCUACAGUCAUUAUCUUGCAAAUCCCUCAGAUUAUUUAGAACUAACAUCACUUCAAAGAAAAAAACUUCAACAUCUAAGUCUAGUCACAUUAGCUACAAAAUCAAAGUGUUUACCAUAUGAUGUUCUUCUGAAGGAACUGGAUAUGACUAACGUGAGAGACCUGGAGGACUUGAUAAUUGAAGGAAUAUAUGCAGAUAUCAUUCAUGGUAAACUAGACCAAAAAAAUUCCCAAUUUGAAGUUGAUUUUGCUAUUGGCCGUGAUAUUCAAGCAGGGGACAUAAACGUAAUUGUAAACUGCUUGAGGGAUUGGUGCAAUGCAUGUGAAGGAGUUUUGAGUUGUGUGGAGACUCAAAUUCAAAGGGCUAAUGAAGAGAAAAAUAAAAAUAUUCAAAGAAAGUCUGAUAUUGAGCAAGAAAUUGUUAACAUCAAGAAAACAUUGAAGACUCAACUGUCUGAUAGACCAGAUGGAGUGGAUGAUUCAAUGAGCUCAGAUAAUAGAGAUGCAACUGCAACUGAUAAAGGGAAGAAGACGAUGAAAAUCAAAGGUAAACAUGGCAGUAAAUUUUGGCAAAGAUCAUAAAAAUUAUCCCAAAAAGUAUUUGUUUUUCUACUUAUACAGAAAGCUCUCAAAGGUUUGUUAAAUUGUUAUCAUUUGAAAUUCAUAUUGUUAAAACCCUUCCAGUUAUCCUAUGGGCACAGCAAAGUAGGUAGACUAUCAUAGAGCAUCAAUUUCUUUUUUUAAUAGCAGAAUACCUUUUUCUGAAUACUCAAUGCAUUUUACUUCCAGUACUCUGAAUUUGUUCAGAAAUAUUAAAUUGGAAAAAACGGGAAGAUUAAUAUUUUUUCAUCUAUUAGCUAUGCUUAUGAGGAAUAUGUAUAUUGAUUUUGAAUUAUUAAAACAUUUGAGAAAUAA